AUGAUGGCGCGGAAGGAGGACAACCACCAGCAGCUGCGGGCGCUGGCGGCGCGGGCCGUCACCGACUCGCUCCGCGCCGCCGCGUCCCGGUCCUCGGCCGCCGACCGCGCCGCGCGCUUCCGGGACUGCGUCCGCAGCCUCGAGGCCGAGAAGGCCAAGAUGGAGGUCUUCCGCCGGGAGCUCCCCAUCAGCGUCCACCUCGUCGCCGACGUGAUCGAGUGGCUCAAGGAGGAGCUCGCGCAGCACCGCCGUCAGCGGCCGCAGGACCUCUUCGCGCCUGCUGCCGAGGCGGCGGCGGCGGCGGCGGCGAAGGACGGAGCCGCCGUCAAGGCGGAGGACGAGGCGGACGCCAACGACAAGCGCAGCUGGAUGAGCUCCGCGCAGCUCUGGAGCUGCGGCAGCCACGACGACAGCACCGCCAACACCAAUGGCGUCGCCGCCGCCCACAACAAGGUGUCCACCGCGUUCAUGCCAGCACUGGCCAGCGUGCCGACGCUCGUGAGGUCAUCCGACGACGCGGCCGGUAAGCCCGGCGCCAUGCCGGUCCCGGACCUGUCCCUCUCGUCCCCGCCGUCGGCCGCCGCCGCUCCGAGCGCCACCAGCAGCGCCGUCACGGGCGCCGCCGGGGCGCAGCGCCAGCACCAGCAGGCGCAGGCGCAGGCGCAGGCGCAGGCGCAGGCGCAGCAGCAGAGGAAGGCCAGGAGGUGCUGGUCGCCCGAGCUGCACCGCCGGUUCGUCGCCGCCCUGCAGCGGCUCGGCGGCGCGCAAGUUGCGACGCCGAAGCAGAUCAGGGAGCUGAUGAAGGUGGACGGGCUCACCAACGACGAGGUCAAGAGCCACCUGCAGAAAUACAGGCUGCACACGCGGCGCACGUCGUCGGACGUCGGCGGCGUCGACCAGCACGUGGCGGCCGCCGCGGGCGGGCUGUGGUCGUCGGCGCCGGAGCAGCAGUACGCGACGUCGCAGCACAGCACGUCGCAGUCGCAGUCCGGGUCGCCGCAGGGGCCCCUGCAGCUGACGGUGUCGAGCAGGGCCAUGUCGGCCACCGCCGGGGACAGCUGCGACGGCGGCGACGAGGCCGAGGGCGGCGGCAGGUCGGAGAGCUACGGCUGGGAGAUGCAGGUGCAGCAGCCGCACGGGACAAAGGCAUCGUCGUCUUGA